ACGCCCGACGUUUCUCGUUGAGUUCAAAAAGUUUCCAUUUUUAUGUGAGAAAAAGUUGUGAUAAUUUGUGGAAAAUUAAUAUCCAACCGCCUUUCUACCGAGAUGGAAUUCGAAGAAGUGGAAAUGGAGGAGGAUUACCUGAUCGAGGGAGAUAUCAGCGAUGCUUCACCGGUUAAAACUUCACAUGAACCUGCACCAAAAGUGGCCCGGCUGGUCCCGAAGUCGGAACCUUCAACAUCCGGCAGAAAAAUUCCCAUCAUCCGGAGUGCGGGAGCUGUGGUCACUCCGGUGCGUACCGCUGUCCGAAAGCCAGUACAAGCCUCUCCAUCUUCUAAAAUCGGUGUAGCUUUCGAACGGGAAAUGCCAAAACGUCCUGAGAACGACGUACAUAACAGCCGAAUCACUAACAUUGAAGAACAGUUGGACGCCAUCCUGGAUAACCUGGUCAAACGGGACGAAGAUAUCGCCUAUAUUCGGAAGAACAUAGCCUACACCGAGAGAUUUAUGAAGAAAAAAAUAAGAGCAUGGAAACGCAAACACUUCGAACGCCCCCUGGAUGAGGGUCAACCCGAACCAAAACGGCUCAAUCUAGUAACUUUUCCCAUCCCGGAUCAGGAGUAUUUAGAAAGGUUGGAAGAGGCACUCGAAGAAGAUGAAGACGUAAAAAUGGACCUUACUGCACUGUUUUAUUUGGCACCCCAAGAAUCCGCAUACAAAUUUUUUCGCCGGAAUUUAAAAAAUCUGUUCAGCAACACGUCCAGAUACUUUUGGACAGGACGUCUCUCGAACAAGAGCCACGAUUUUCCGAAUCGGAAACCCGCACGAACUCUUAACACCAUCAAACUGUUGCUGAAAUGUGGUGAAGAUGUUUUCGACACUGCUAGUGCGGAUGCACUUGCGAACGAGUGUAGCAUAGCUUUGAGAAGUGUCAAUUAUAUGCAGCACAAGAACUUAAAAGCAGACAUAUAG